AUGUACACAUUUCAACCAAUUACGCAUCCUACAAGUGACACUAAGCAUCCAUUGCUAUUGUUGCAGUCUAUUGGUGGUGAAAGAUAUUUAUUUGGUAAAAUACCUGAGGGUGCACAAAGAACAUUGACUGAGAAUAAAAUUAAAAUCUCUAAAGUAGAACACAUCUUCUUAACAGGUAAAUUGGAUUGGAGUAGUAUUGGAGGUUUACCCGGUAUGAUACUAACCAUUGCUGAUCAAGGGAAGGAUAAAUUAAAGUUGCAUUACACUAAUACAAUCUUGGAUUAUAUUAUUGCUACUUGGAGAUAUUUUGUAUUAAGAUUUGGGAUUCAAUUAAGUACUUCCAUUAUGAAAGAUCAAGAAGUAUUUAAAGAUGAUAUAUUGAAAGUAAAAGCCUUCCAGGUCUUAAAACCAUCAACAGAAUCUAGCAUUUCAGAAGCAUACCUUCAAAAUGAUUAUUGCCCAUUUAAACGCCAAGAAGCUAAACAUCUUAAAGAAAUUGUAUCUAAGAUGUUUCCAAAAGAUAUACCUUCCGAUGAUUAUGAUUCGUCAAAUGAUCCAACAAUAAAUGUUGAAUUACCAAAAGAUUUUAAGAUUCCAAAUAUAACUACUUGUUAUGAAAUUCAAUUUAAUAACAUUAGAGGUAAAUUCAAGAAUGAGGAAGCCAUGAAAUUAGGUGUGCCAAGAGGUCCAUUAUUUGCAAAAUUGGCCAAUGGUGAAGAUGUCACAUUAGAAAAUGGUAUAGUUGUUAAAUCAGAACAAGUGUUAGAAAAGUCAAGAUCUUUCCCCAAUGUUUUAAUUUUGGAUAUCCCAGAUGAUUCAUUUAUAGAAUUAUUCCAAGAAAAGUUUAAAUACUAUGAUGCGUCAAAUUUGGGAGUUGUUUAUUAUUUCAUAGGUGAAAAUGUAUCAAUUUCUGAAGAGCUUAUCAAGUUUAUGGAAAUGUUUGGACCUGAAGUAGAAUCCUUUGUUUCACAUGAAAAUAUUUCUCCCAACUUAAUAUCAUUUAAAGGUGCUGCUGGUGCCACAUUAAAAUUAAAAUCUUAUCAACCGGAUUGUUUUAAUAUCCCAAAUACAGAAAAAUUAUUGUCAAAGGAAUUUUUCGAUUGCUUCCAAAAAGACGUUCCUAAUGGGUGCUCAUUAAUUCAAAGAUCAGAAGAUGAUUUAGUUUCAAAUAUACCGUCAAAUAAAGUGCAUGUGUUUUCUGUAGGUAAUGAUAUGAUAGUAAGUCCCAAAGAUGACCCCAUUGGAAAAUCUAUUGCUCUAAAAGAACAAAAUUUUAAUAAUAUCCCUCAAUUGAAUCAGAUAUUUGAUAAAGAAGUACAAUCGAUGAGAUAUCCUAAUAUCUCUUAUGAAUCGAUGAUUAAAAAUCAACAAUUGCUUCACAAUUUUAAUUCAACUCCAGAAAAACAAAAAAAUGUGGAAGUUAUCACCUUGGGGACUGGUAGUGCAUUACCUUCAAAAUAUAGAAAUGUAGCAUCAACUUUAAUAAAAGUUCCAUUUUUUCGUGAAGAUGGCAACAUUGAUUCAAGAAUUAUUUUCUUUGAUGCUGGUGAAAAUACUUUUGGCACACUAACUAGAAUGUUCUCAUCUAGAGACUUAGCCACAAUAAUGAAAGAUACGAAAUUAAUCUACUUGAGUCAUCUUCAUGCAGAUCAUCACUUAGGUAUAAUUAGUUUAUUAACUGAAUGGUAUAAGCAUAACAAGGAUGAUAUUAAUUCACAAUUAUAUAUUGUUGCGCCUUGGUUAUAUUUUAAUUUUUUGAAAGAAUGUAUUCCUAUAGAAGAACAAGAUAUUUUUGCUAAAAUUAGAUUUAUUAAUGCGGAGCAUUUACUUGAUAAUUCUUCAAUUCGUAUGCAAUAUAAACAAUUAUCAUUAGAGACAUUAUUAAAUUUUAAAUCAGGAAUAAUUAAGAAACUAAAGCCUGAAAUAGAUAUUUUAACUGGUAAGAAAAACGUAGAACUAAUUGAAAAAAUGUGCUUUGAUUUGAAUUUAAAAUCUUUCCAAACUUGUAGAGCCAAACAUUGUUUAUGGGCAUAUUCUAAUAGCGUUACAUUCAAUUUAUCUCAUGAUUCAAAUAAACAAUUUAAAAUAUCAUUUUCAGGUGAUACUCGUCCUAAUCUUGAAACGUUUGCUAAAGGCAUUGGUUAUGAAUCCGAUUUGUUAAUUCAUGAGGCUACUUUAGAAAAUGAAUUGAUUGAAGAUGCUAUUCAAAAAAAGCAUUGCACUAUAAAUGAGGCAAUAACAGUAUCAAAUACAAUGAAAGCUAAGAAAUUAAUCUUAACCCAUAUCUCUCAAAGAUAUCCAAAAAUCCCACAAAACAAAGAUUGUAUUGAUAUCUUGGCAAAUGAGCAUUGUUUUGCAUUUGACGGAAUGAUUAUUAAUUAUGAAAAUCUUGGAGAACAAGAAAAAUAUGUCAAAAGAUUGAGAACCAUAUUUUUUGAAAAUGAUCAAGAUGAUUAA